GCUAGCCCUAAUUAUUUCAUCCAUCUUUGCUCUUCUUUCUCAGCACACAUGGGCUGAUCAUAUGUUGAAGGAUGUAAGACAUCAUGCUGGUUUCCUCCUCUGACCUCAGAGGCCAUUGGACCGGAGGUUAUGUGGCUCCAUCUUGUUUGGUGCUUGAGUACUGUGACGCUAAUCUCUUAAGAGGCUCAGGAUGCUUGUGCGCUCAGGGAGGGGAUGGAGAUGUAAGUGAGGAAAUGAGGUUGUAGUUUGGGCGCUGUCAUGGAAAAUAUUAAGAUGUAAUAAUAAUACUCUUGUCUGAUGAGGCAGGCCUCCAGCAGAGAGCCAAUGUAGGUUACUGAAGGCAGGAAGUGCUGUUUGGAGGAGAUGGUUGAGAGGCAAUGCCUAGAUGACUGAUGCAGCAGAAAGUGGGAUUUUGUGAAGGCUGAGCUCAGCCAUGACGCUAUAUCUAGUCGAGACAAGCUGCACCCUCAUUGGCUGGCUGUUUCUGUACAUUUUGCUGUGUCAUGUGAACAGAAAGCGACAUGCCGAGUGGAACUGCAGACUCAUCACCCUGAUCCAUGGGGUCCUGAUAACUUUGCUAACUGCUUACAUCGGGUUUGUUGAUGGGCCAUGGCCAUUCACGCAUGCAGGCUCAGAAAACACCCCACUGCAGAUUCUAGCCCUGCUCCUCAGUCUGGGUUACUUCAUCUUUGACAUGACCUGGUGUGUGUACUUCCGUACAGAGGGUCCUGUCAUGCUGGCCCAUCACACCCUAAGCAUCCUGGGCAUUGUGUGCACUCUGGGAAUGGGUGAAUCAGGCAUCGAGUCAUGUGCGGUGCUGUUUGGCAGUGAAAUUACCAAUCCACUCCUGCAGGCCCGCUGGUUCCUCAAGCAGAUGGGUCGCUACGACACCCUGAGUGGUGACAUCGUCGAUCUGCUCUUCAUCACACUGUUCGCCUGUGUGCGGAUUGGCGUCGGUGGUCGCAUGCUCUACUGUGAGCUGAUGUCUCCAAAACCCAAACUGGUCAUGAAGGUGGGUGGGGUGGCCAUUUACGCCCUGUCCUGCUUCUUCAUGGCGGACAUUGCAUCUUUUGCUUGUCGAAAAACCCGCUCCAAGUACAGACGAUGGCAAGAAAAGCAGAAGCCAAAUAAUGCUAAUGGACAUACUGGGUAGUAAACAAAGAGCUAAAGGCCUUGAGCAAGGCCCUCAACUGUCUUUGCUCCAGGAGCUCUGUAUUCUGGCUGACACUGCAAUAUAACUCCAACUUCCUAUGUUUGAGAUAUACAACGAUACAAAAUUUACUGUAUAUGUGGCAAAGUAAAGCAACGCGUUUCACUGUGGUAUAACUGGACCUGAGUACGUUGUAUAAAUUUUAUGUAGAUUUAAAAAUUGUAUCGUCAGUAAUUAGGAACAUGAGGUUAGAUGUAAACUCUUUCAAGAGCAUAUGAGUUUUUAACUAAUGGUGAUUUAUCUUUUUUGUGUGUAUUUUUUUUUCGUGUUGUGACAUAAACCAUGUUUUAAAUGAA